AUGACUUCAUUACGAGAACAAUUGAGAGGAUUCCCUGUGUUCCAGCUUGUGGUAGUUAAUAUCAUGAGAUUUGGGGAGCCAUUAUCCUUUUCAUCGUUAUUCCCAUAUGUUUAUUAUAUGAUAAGAGAUUUUAAAAUAGCUGAAACUGAAGAAGAGAUCAGUAAAUAUUCAGGUUAUUUAGCUGCCUGUUUUUCAUUCACUCAAUUCUUGUUCAGUGUAUAUUGGGGAAAACUAAGUGACAGAAUUGGAAGAAAGAAGGUGGUAACUAUUGGAUUGUUUGGAACUUCAAUUUCGAUGUUAAUCUUCGGUUUUGCUCCUAAUUAUUAUGUUGCAUUGGCUGCUAGAAGUUUUUUAGGUGCUGUCAAUGGGAACGUUGCUGUCGUAAGAACAAUUAUAGCUGAAUUGACCACAGAUAGAAAACAUCAAGCAAUUGCAUUCCUGACUUUUCCAUUACUUUGGAAUAUUGGUUCGAUUAUAGGUCCUUUGAUUGGGGGAUCGAAAUAUUUCACCAGACCAAAGGAACACAAUCCAUAUGAAGACGAUUCAGUUGUAGUUUUAUCGGGAUUCAAAGAUUUCCAUGAAUGGUUUUUGAACAAAUACCCUUAUGCAUCUUCAAAUAUCAUUAUUGCAUUAUUUUUAUGGACCGGAGCUCUUGUAGGUUUCUUGUUCUUGGAAGAAACUCAUUAUAAAAGAAAGAAGGAUAGAGAUUUGGGCUUGGAUAUGGGGGAUUGGAUUUUGAACAAAUUAGGUUAUAAAACUCCAGCUAGACCUUGGAAGAAAAAUUCAAGAACCGAAGAAACUGCUUUAUUGAAUGAUAUCGAAUCAAUUUCAUCGGAUGAUGAAUCCUUUGUCAAUACUUCCCAGCCGCAACAGAUUUACGCUGGUGAUAAUGAGAGUAUUAAUUCUUCAGAAUCUAUUGGGCCAAUUGGAAGAAGAAUGUCUAAGCUGAUUGUUAGAAGAUACUCAUCACUUUCAUUAAGUGAAGGAAGACAAUUGAGAUCAACCAUCAGUCGAAUUUCUGGUGUUUCAUUGAAUGUUCAAGAAACAAGAGAUUUGGAAAAUUCUACUUGGGGUGAUAUUUUCACCGAUGGAGUCGUUCAAACGAUUUUUGCUAGUUUCAUUUUGGCAUUCCAUAAUGUGGUAUAUAAUGAAUUCUUACCAGUGUUCCUUGCUAGUCAAUUGAUGGUUGAUAGGUUGAAAUUUCCUUGGAAAAUUGCAGGAGGUUUCGGAUAUGAUAGUGAUUCCAUUGGAUCCUUGAUCUCUGUUACAGGACUAACCGGAGUUUUAGUAGUUAUCAUCAUUUUCCCUUAUUUGGAUAGAAACUUCAAAACCGUCAAUAAUUAUAGGGUUGCAUUACUUGGGUUCCCCUUGUUGUAUUUCUUUAUGCCAUGGUUAAUCUUUACCUUACAUGAAUAUAACCCAUCAUUUUCUCCAAAUACUACCAAGUAUUUGUUAUAUUUCAAUGGGAUGUGUUAUCAAUUAGCCUCAGCCACAUCAUUUCCCCAAGUAUUAUUAUUAAUUCAUAGAGCUGCGCCAGCCAAACAUAGAGCUUUCAUUAAUGGUUCAGCAUUGAGUGUCAAUGCAUUAGCUAGAUUUAUUGCCCCUGUGACUUGGGGUUAUUUAAUGACAUAUUUCGAUAUUAAAGGUCAUAGUGGAUUUACUUGGUACAUUUUAUCAUUCAUUUCUGUAUUAGCAGUCAUCCAGAGCUGGUUCUUAAAAGAUUAUAAUGAAGACAUGAAAUAA